AUGGAGAACGGGUUCAAACCAACACCACAAUCAGAAGAAUUCAGGGUUAAUGGUAGGUUAACUUAUAUAAUAUUGUUUGUUUGUUUUCGACCGAGUUUAAUUUUCUAGUCUUGUAUAAUUUCGGAACCUCACAGAUACUUAAUAACACUUUCAGCGUUAAAACAAGUGUAUUCCCAUCUGAUGGACCAUGUUUUGACAGAGACAGUUCUCAAAUAUCACAGAGAUCGUGAGCUGAAUUCAUCUUUGAACCUGGAGUGUGAACCUGACAACAAGAUGCCAGUCCGUCGAAAGCCGGUAGAGGCAGUUAGUGCUGACAACCAGAACAAACGAACACAACUCGAAUGUGAAUGUAUGUGUUGUCACAGGAUGAUUGCUGCUUCCAGGUUCGCUCCACACAUGGAAAAGUGCAUCGGGAUGGGAAGGAACAGUUCUCGGUAAGCUUUUCAGUUUUUUUUGUUUUUAGGUAUCAUUAACCAUAUCUAGUUUUUCCUAUGAUUUACAUUCGAAUGCUUUUCUCUACCGAAUAUUAUAAAAAUAAAAAAUCUUUUUAUACCUGAUCAAGAAACUAAAAUCGUUUAGAGUAGCCAGACGGAGACUCGCAAAUUUGUCGUCAGCUCCUCCAAGUGCUUCACAGUCACCUCGAGUUCCUACUCGGAUAUCUACAUCAUCAAUUGCUGAUGGAUGCGGAUCACCUGCUUUUGAUAUGGAAGAAGAGUUAAUGGAGGACGACGAAGACUGGUCGAACUCAUCUACACCCGUAAAACGACGAAAAACGACAAGUACGUCGAAAAAGGACACAAAAUCCCGAUCUGCACUCAAAAAUCGAAGAUAA